AUGCUGCUCUCACAGCUGGCGCCGCCUCCAAGAAGUUGGGAUGAUCGGGGACUCCAGGUCAUCGAGCUUGAGGGUGGUGGUCGACAAGCUGUAGGUCUUUGCAGCUGCGGUGGCCUAUUGGGGCUUGCGCUGCAGUGGCCCGGACAAGCCCCCAAUGGCGGAGGUGUUGUGGCUGCUAAGCCGGUGACAGCUGUGGUGCUGUGCAACGAGCUCAGCAUGGCGGCGGUACCUUCGCAGCUCCUGGGACACGUGGCAGAUGCACUGAGACUACCCCGCCCGAGUGGUCUGCCGUGA